AUGCCGCCUUCCUGGUCCUCCUCCUUGGAAACUUGUGCAAAGAGCUACGGCCAUUCCAUGGCCAGAAGAUGGAGGCAGCAAGAUUUGGACGCAGCCACGGUGGGUGCCCGGGAGAAGGGCCCUCGGGUGGGCCAGCGGCUGCCCUCAAUCGUGGUGGAGCCCGGCGAGGGGGGUGCCAUGGAGAACGAGCUGCCUUGGCCUCCGGAGGGCGCCCAGAGGGGGUCCGCCCAGAGCCAGGCUGCUGCUGCUGAGCGAGGGGCUGCCUCCUCCUCACCGCGUCUGCCGGGAGCACCAGGGAAGGUUCCAGGUGACACUGGCAGCAAGUGUGCCAGCUCUGAGGACCAGUCCCCCUGCACGCAGUGA